CAAAAAUGUAACCCCUCCUCCAUGGUAGUUUUUUUAUAUAAUGGGGGCUAUAAUUAGCUGGGAUGCUAAAAUCGGUAAACGCCCGAUAUGUAAAGUUUAAACCGCAGCACAGCCUAACCACGGUUGAUUUUGAUUAACCAUUGUUACGCUGACUUUGAUCUUGUGGAAAAGUUGACUUUGGUAUGGAAAAGAAUCAAAAGUUAAUUCCUGGAGUUAAUUGCGACCUCAAAUUCUAACAUUAGUGCGAAGAAUGGGCAGAGAUAGAAGUCAGAACUGUGCCGUAGCCGUUUGAAAAUUUUGUUUCACCUUCGCUUGUAGUUUCCUUUACAUAGAUAUAUCUUUUAAAAAAGCUCUAAUCGAUGAGCGGCGAGCUUACUAGGCUCCGAUGUGUUAUGGUUAACUCACUCUGUUUACAAUCAACGUUCUUCAAGUUUUAUAAACUUAUCUUGGAGCCAAUAUUGCGUUAAAUCUUAUAUUACGACCUUAACAACUAUUAACCUAAACAAGAGAUGGGAUCUGAGCAUGGUGGAAGACGUGGACAGACCUCGACGUCGGGGGUUCCUGGUGAGUUCCUGUGCAAAGUGAAUGGACACUUGUGCAGGUGGCUUCUCCAGUCGCUUCUCAGUUCUCUCCUCUUCGCACUGGAAGUCGUCUGUGCUGUCUAUCUCCACUCCACAGUGAUUGAAGCAGACGCCAUAAUGCACCUGCACGACGCGAUCGUCGUACUCGUGUCGCUGUCAUCUCGACUCAUCGGAUCGGAGAGCACCUCUCGCAACACCUUUGGGUGGGUGCGGGUGGAGCCGAUGGGGGAGUUGGUGGCGGCGGUGUUUGUGUUGUCGCUGUCUUGUGGUCUGUUGCCGCACGUGAUGAGGAUGGUGGUGGAGGGCAACAGAGUGCAACACUUGUCAAUCAUGUUCUAUGUGCUGAUAGCAUCACUCGCAGUCAGACUCACAGGCUUUAUGUUGACAUUUGAGAUGCAUCGCAGUCACAUGACGAAGAAAAUCGCCAAACACACGACCGAUUCUCCUUCGACUUCUGCCGAUGGAAUUAUUCAUCAACAGGCGGCAUCUGGUGGCUCUGCUGUCAGCUACGCCCCCCUAAAGUCCCAAGUUCAAGUCCACUUCAGACCAGCGCAUUCUAACGUCAAUCCACCUACAAACAAGUGUUCGGCGCUGCAGACCAUCCCGGAAUCGUACUCCGAGGAGCAUCUGCAGCUGGUGGAGUCGAUCUCUGUGCAGAGGAGUGUCCUGCACCUGCAGGCACAUCUGUGCAGUGUCGUAUUCGGCCUAGUGGCUGUCGUCAUCCUGCACGAGGGCAGGAGAACCAAACUCACCAUUGGAAACAUUCCAAGUGACGUGUUUCUGCAGACGGUGGAACAGGCGAUCGGAGUGUUGGUGACUAUAAUCAACUGUGUGAGAGUGAGUCCAGUGCUGGUCAGAAUAUCCCUCGUGUUCAUGCAGUCUGUGCCCCACUCGGUUGACAUGCGAUAUCUGCGCAAGAGACUCGCAGGCACACAUCACCCACACUUAUAUUCCCACACACCACCCAAGCUCAUAAUUUUUUGA